AUGUGCAGUCCAUGUCGCACAAAGGUGAUCUUUUUUAAGGUACCAACCAGUGGAACAGUUCCAGAAUCAAGUCGAGUCAGGAUAUCGGGUGAUGCAAAAAGAAGGGAAGUUCAUAACGGUUUUGGUGCAGGUUGGAAUUCGGUGGCAGACUACGAGUCCGAAACACGAAAGCUCGCAGCAGUUGCCAUGGCUGAUGAAAUAUUUUUGGACCAAAGUCGAUCGAUUUUUAAACCAAGGGAUCAGCACUUUAAUGGAUUAGUUGACGUGCCGAAUGGAUGUAGUCCGGGUCAUUUCCCAGUGAAUUUCAAAACAGGAGGACCGUCCUGUACUGAAACAUUUGCUAUGGCGAAUGGAUAUCAGAAUCAGCCGACUUUUAAACGGAGAGAUCCUUUCAUUGCUGGGGCGGCUGUCAAGCAAGCUGAAAUUCAUGUGGAUCAGAAUUCAAUGAAACAGCAAGAUUCGCGCGCUAUUCCAGCAGUUGCUACGCCGACCAAGAUUUUUCCAGACCAGAAUUCAGUGAAUUUCGCUGCGGGGAGCUUCCCGAAUAAUGCAGCGUUUGCUGUUCAGGGUGGAAAUUUUCCGAAUCAAAAUCCACUUGUUUUCAUGCCAGGUGCGCACUGCGCUACAGCUGCCAUGGAGGAUGGAAAUUAUAUGGAUCGAAAUGUAAUAAAUUGCAAGCGAACAGAUUCGCACAUUGCUGCGGGAACAUUCACACAGAACGGGAGUAUGGAUCAGAAUCCAGUGACUGUCGGAACAAAAGACUUCCAGACCCCUGCGGCAUCACUUAUGCAGGAUGGGAAUUUUCAACAUCAGAAUCCAGUGACUUUCAAAACCAGAGAUCCGCUUAUCUCUGCCACAAAUGUAUUGCCAGGUGGGAACCACGUGGACUGGACUGCGACGGAUAUUAGAGCAACUGGUCAAGGCAAAGUUGCGCCAGCUGCGAAAGUGAAGGAUAAUGGUUCGAUUAACACGUGGAAAGAUUUAGAAGAUGAGUUGGACAUGAUCGCCAUGGUUGAUGCGAUACUGGAAGAAGCCAAGAGGUGUGUUUGUAGUUGA